UUUGUAAUCACCUGUUCUGUAACAACUUUGCUUCCUGUACAGCUGGAACUUCCCUCUGAUGGCCAUAGAGAAGAUUGGCAACCUUAAGGGGUGCCCAUCUGCCGAUGAAAGCGCGUGGACGUCACAAAGAACGCUUGGUCAUCGCUUUUUCGACCAAAGGCUCUGUAAGGACCGACACAAGGAUCUCGCAGCCGACGGUGUCAUCAGAAACUGGAUGGACUAGUGUUUUUGGCCUUACUACUAGGAACCAAAAACUACUAGCAACAAGAAACUACUAGGAACAAAGGGCAUCGCUACUCGGAGCAAGGACGCUACUUGGGGCUCCUGGCCUUACUACUAGGAGCAAGGACGCUACUAGGAACAAAGAAUCCACCAAGAAAACUAAACGGUGAGACGCGUGGGUGUUUGCCUCCACAAUGUCCGCAGAUUCGCGCUUUUCAGUUUUCGGUAGCUUGUGGCACACAGUGCUGCCCCACCUUUGCUAUGGUGAAUUUUCAUGCAAAGCGUCAUGUGCGUUGCUAUCAGCUUUGGCUAUUUACGUGUGGUAUGUCCUGUUGUAGGCUCUAUUUUGCGGCAACAACUACAUUCCUUGGCCUUCACGGCGUUGGGCGUGGCAUAAAUGAUAAGCCAUCUAGAAGUGAAAAGACCGCAAUGGAGGCUGCAGACCCACGCCUGACACUGCCAAAAGGUGCAAUGAUAGAUACCACUUCAAGCAUGUCCCAAAUUCCUAUUCCGCAAGCAAUCGUUCUGUUGCUUUGCGCUGCAAUUCCAGUCGGCUAUUGGUGGUUUGUAAUCGUGCCCUUCAAGCGCAGGGAAGUUGCAUCAAGCAAAAAGCGUGGGCCGCUGAAAGUUUAUUUGCAGGAUUUGGCCGCCACACCGUCUGACGAGCGAAAGCAAGAGAAGUGGUUCUAUGACAAAUACUUGCGCCAAGGAAAGUUUCUUGAGGCAAAAUCUGAAGGCUUGACCGACGUAGUAGAAAAAGUUGAGGAUCAGCUGCAAGAGAAGCUUCCUGGAGGUGGAUUCUGGAGCUUUGACAAUCCAAUUUUAGUCUGCCUUGUAGCGUUGAGCUGCUUUUGUGUCCAGCAAAUACUGCUGCAUGAUGUGCUCAACACUUGACAGCAUGGCGACGUCAAAGUUGCAGUGCGAUCGAUCCACAA